AGAACUUCCGGUCGGCAUUUUGUUCUACGAGAGGAGAGCCUCUUGAUGAUCGCAACAAUCGUCAUAUUUCUCAUUUAUUGUCGAAAUUGGCUGCACGCGUUGUUUAUGUCGGCACAGACCGACUGAAACUCCGAAGAACGAAUGUUUCCCCAUGAAUGUACGCUGAAAUAUUCACCCUUGUGUGACGGAAGAAGAACGAAUCAGUCCGACCCGGAUUAUUGUUGAUAGCUAGCAGGCUAGCUCAGCAGCUAGCUGGCAAGCCAAUCGAGUUCCUUCUGGAGGAGCUGCGAGAGAGAAGAAAGGGGGAGCUAGAGAUACGGACACGGACACAAACCAAGCUAAAACAUUCCCCUCCCUUGUACGCAACAUCCGAAGGUAAAUACAAUCACAUAUCUUUCUUUGCAAAUCAAACUUUUUGAAUCGGGAUUUUUAACAUAACCGUAACACAUUUUCUGCAGUCAGACCACCUACGGCGUCGUUAAUCGUUGACCGGGAGGUAACGGAAGCUAGCGAACUAGCCAGCCAGGCUAGCUAGGUGUGUUUUUGCUCCGCCGAGGCGCACGGCCUCAACUGGAUGUCAUUUGUCGAGCUCGAGGAUUGGGCCGUUGCCACAGAAUUAGAAUGUGUACCGUUGCCGUUAUAUCCACACGGACUGACCCAACGGUUUUCCGCUGGACUCGACGCACGUUCACCAACGGACAUUAACCCCUGAUUAGCGCUUCCUCGUAUUAUUUGAUUCACCGUGCUCUUAUUUGAACGAGGAGGCUAACCAACAACACUUAGAGCUAGUUAGCAUAACUAGCUAGCAAUUAAAAAUGACAAUUAUGGUUAGUGAGUGUUGUGUAGGAAGCGUUUGUGGUUAUAAACGCUGUAUUUAGCGGUAGCAUUAACUUCACGUUUGACUCGGAACAUCUACUCCUCGGCCGUGUAACGCUGUUGGAUUUUUCGCAAGUAGCGGGCUGCAGCUGGCAAUUUAGUAAAGUAAGAUAAACAUUCAAAUGGACACUUGUGCUUGUAGUACCCUUGCAGAAAGUGGGUUUUUCAUUCGUUUGCCUAAUUUGAAUAGUAAUGCUGUGUUUCAUUUUGCAGGGGUAAUGUUAGUUUUGGUUGCUAUCGUGUUUUGAAAUGUUUUGACUGAGUACGAGCUGUGUUUUCAUCGUCUGUAAUAUCGCUCUCGGAGUUUUCUAUGCAUGUCUCUGUUGUUUGUAGGAAUCGUUAAUAUUUUUGUCCUCUGAACUACAGUAAAUGUAGUUUGUUUUCGUGCUACAGUUAGCCAGUUUCGUAGACUGCACACGGUGGUUGUUUGCUACCGGAGGAUGCAGCCCCCCACUACUGCCGCCACCAUCACAGUGCAUCUGUUCCUUUGUGCUGCCUCCUGCCUGUCAGUCUCACAGCUGUCAGCCAAGCCCCUGCGUGUGCAGGAAGAGCACACAGACCAUGCAUCCGACCAUGCAUUAUAGUUAGCUGAUGUAAUGUUUGGAAUAUUCAUCUGUUGAGCCUUCAUAGCAUUUCAAUAUCUGCUGCUCGGACUGACUGUGUGAUGAUCUUGAUGAUCGGCUAUGCACUCAGGUCUGGUUGCAACAUUGCGUUCAUAGAAUUGCAUGGUGUCACUAGUACUCUGCAGAAGUUGCUAAAUUGGUGUUGCAUUUCCCUAUGGGUUAUUAAAAAUAAACAUUUCAUAAAAGGUUGUCAGUGCGUUGUGCUAUUGCAUUUGUGGUUUGAAGUUGACAUGAAAGAAUGAAUUAAUUUCUGCAACUGAGGGUGAAAGGCCUGGGCGAUUUGGCCAAAAAGAUGAUCACGAUAUACUUUGUCAUAUUGUCUGAUCUCGAUUAUUAUCCCGAUUUUUUUUCUUUAAAUGCCAGUUUUAAAGCAUCUGUACUUAAAACAAAAAAAUAAAUUGAUACAUACUGAAUAAGACAUUAAAUAACUUUUCUUCUUGACAAUAACAUCUUUGGAGGAUGACUCAAAGUCAUGGCUGACAUUUAUUUUACCGCCCUCAGUUACUCUGUUUACUUGUCCAGCAACUUACAGAAGGGAGCAGGAAAAGCUCGACUCUGAUUGGCUGUUGUAAUGCACAUUUCGGUUAUGUUUGAUCAAGUAAAUAAGCUCACAGCUGAUCACCGUGAUUGAGCUGAAAUUUAUCACGAUCAUAUAAUCGCCCAGUCCUAGGGUGAAUGUUGUCUAUGGUCUUAAUUCUGACUUUUUUUGAUACUUGUAGUUAUGUUGCCUUUAAACCUUGUCUGUAAUAUCCCAAAGACAAGGAAGACACUGUUGUGUGCCCACAGUCUGAUACUGAGUUAUAUUGUCUUUCAACAGAUUUAAGGAGAAGGACUUUAACCUGAAAUGUCACUGAGUCCACCCGAGACUGCACCGAAUUCUUCUAAAAGGUUUGAGUCAUUUAUCAUUAUCUAAGCCUUUUAAUGUUAAUUAUUUGAAUCUAGUUAACCCUUCAUAGAGGGAAUCUAGACUGUGAAACCUUUACUGAGAGGGGUUUGUGCAUGUAAUCUCUGGCAUCUAUAUGAAUUAAACACACACAUCAUCAUAAUUUGGCAUUAUUGAGAGUAACACGGACAACAUUAUAGCUCAGCACUUGUUUCUCUGACUUGUUAAAGGUAUAAAGUUUAUCCAUGAAGUGUGAGCUGCAGCUGUGAAUUUCUCUGACCUAUGUGCAGUGUUGUUAGAGGGGUCAGGGACACCUAACAAGCAAAGGGACUUAAGAGAAAUGAUGUGCUACAUGGGAUGUUAAUUUGCACCGAAUUCUGUAAAAAGUAAUGAGCUUAGAGCUUGAUGCUUUUAAAUGAAUAAAAGGGAAUUGACAGCCCUGGUAGUAGUAGUACUAAGAUUCACAUUAGUCCCCUUUUUUCCAGUUUAGGAGUCUGGUUAUGUAAAGUGGAUUUGAUAAGUAAAAUACAACAAGACAUGAAGUGGAGAAGAAUGAUUUUUUUUAUGUCCCCUCAUGGUGAAAUAUCUUCUCUAUUACAAGGAUAAAUUGCAGUGUCAAGGUUUAUUCAUGGGAACAUGGUACUGACAAGAUUACUACUCACAUCAAUUCUAUACUGACAUGGGCAAAAUUAAAUACUAGUGUGAGAGGAGCUGCGUGCAUUUAACGUUUUUAUUUACAGAUGGCUAGAUAGUCUUUAUUGUGUUUACAAAUCAUUCAUAUUAUAGAGUCCAUCCGGGAGAAACAUGAGUUUCCAUUGUUUCAUUGCCAUAGUGUAUGAAAUUUCUGUUAUUUAUGAUCAAAUUCAGCAUUCAGAUGACUAAAAGGAAGCACUGAUCAGUACAUCGGAGUUGAACUUUGACCAUGGCAGAAAGCACGAGCAUGUACAGAUUGCUAGUGAAAGUAUCAACCAGAAAAAAACCUGCAUGAUUGAGCUGCAAAAGUAUUUAUUCAGUUGUGAAAAGUCAUAUACAGAUAAUACGAGCAAAAAAGGAUCCUGUAUAAACACACAGUAAAGAACAUGGUUGCUUCUGCUGAUUGAAACAGAAACAGGCAAACAGAUCAUGUGGGAGGAAUCUUUUUUUCUAACAAAUCAUAAUAUUAGCACAAUGGCUGACAUGGCAGUAUACACAGCAAAUGUCUGUACAUACCCUGUGCUGCUGACCACAUGUGUGAAGAAAUGUGAUUAUUUUUUGUUCUGGCUUUUGUGCAUCUCUGUUCAUUUUUGUCUUUCCUGUCUCUUUUGCUUCCCCUUUUUUUUCUGUAACCAUAGGUGUCAGGAGAUGUGAGGACGGGUGUCGUCCAUCGACCCCCUGAUCUACCUGUGUAUCAACACACACCCCCCCUCCCACCUUCAGCAUGAAUGGGGAUAUGCCUCAUGUUCCCAUUACCACUCUUGCUGGGAUAGCUAGCCUUACGGACUGUGAGUGACAGACACAGUGUCAUGUUUGGCUUUUUUUUUUUUUUUUUAAUCUUCAAAUUUAAAAUACCAAUCUGAAAUAUUCUGCCUGAACAGAUGUAAUUCAGCAAACGUGACUUUAUUAUUUAUCCUUUGAUUUGUCUGUUAUCAUCUCUGUAAUUGAUAACGACUGCAUGUACAAUGUUUCUCACACUUGUUUCUUGCCCUCUGUGUCUCUCUUUAAUAGUUUUUUAAUUUUGAUUCUGCCUCAUCUCCAUCUUCUUCAUCCUCUCAGUGUUGAACCAGCUGCCCCUCCCCUCCCCUCUCCCGGCCACCACUACGAAGAGCCUCCUAUACAAUGGAAGAAUCGCAGAGGAAGUUACCUGCCUGCUGGGCUGUCGGGAUGAGAAUCUGGCCUCCCAGCUAGCCCAUGGCCUCAACCAGGUGUCCACAGAGCACAUGUGAGUCUGACAUUUUGUGUAUCCCUGUGGCAAUUUAUUGCCCACAUCAUUAUGAGUAGGACCGAUUUUUUUUUUCUUCUUUUGAAUGAAUAUAGAAAAGGUCAAUUUUUAAUCAGAAGUUGACAAGGACAUUUACUCUAAGCCUGUAGUUAUCCACCGAAGAAGUUAAGCAGACUCCAUAGCUUUUGAUUUCUGGCACUGAACAUAGAGAGGCGAGACUAAAAUGAUGAUUUUGCAAAAGUUCAGUAUUUUAUUGAUCUUAAGCAUCCCUAAUUAAGAGUUGAAAAAGCAUUACAGGGAAUGUGAAUUAACUUUACCAACCCUGAAAUAUACGCCAGGUAUCUUUAAGACCAUUCAAAUGCACAUGCUCAGAUGUUCAAUCAAAUACACCCAGAUUAUGAUUUGUCAUCACAUCAGAAAUCAUUGUUGUUUAUUUCUGCAUGUUAUUGUUAUUUUCUAUUUUGAUGUGACUGCAAUUGUUAACUGUGUGUGUCAUCAGAGAGCUGAAGGACAACCUGGGUAGCGAUGAGCCAGAGGGAGACGCACCGCUGCUGCUGCAGACCAUGCUGGCCAGGAACCCCGGCAUCUUCAGGGAGAAAAGUAUGGAGCUGCAUACCUGUCGCUGAUGAGCAAUCAAUCAUUUGAAGAAGUUUUCAAAUGAACUAUCUAUGAAUAAAAACACUGAUUUAAUUUUUUUUUUUACAACAGAUGUAAUGCAGCAGCCAAUGGUACCACCGUACAAAAUCACUCAAAAUUCCAUGCAUAGCCCUGCCCAGCCUGCAAACUUCCAGCCGGCUGCUAUUUCUCCCAAUCCACAGAGGUGAGUCCUGCUGGGAAACAUGAGCCGACUCUUCUUUUCAAAACAGAAAAACUGAAACACUAUAUUUGUAGUUUACAUAUUUUCUAACGUCUUCGAAAAGUAUAACCUAGUCUUAUAACAGUAUUGUGUAAUCAAAUGGAAGGCUUUCUGAGUGUAUUCUGGUUUUGGACUCAGAAUAAUUUGUCUGCAACUUCCUUCUACUUGAUGACUUACUUUCUUUCUAUCUGUUCUUCCCCCGACCGUGUCUAGCCGGUUUGUGUCGCCUCAGACUGGUUCGAGUAGUCGGUAUAUGGGUCAACAGAACAGCCCAGUACCCAGUCCUUACACUCCACAGAGCCCUGCCCCUGGUUAUAUACAGCAGUAUUCCCACCAACAACCACCCAGCUAUAACCAACACCAACAGAUACAGCAAGGUGAGCUUGGAUCCAUGUGUGUGUGUUUGUAUGUUGUUUGUUUACAUGCAUGAGACAGCAGAGAUCUUUGAUGAGGCUACAUGUCGACUUUCUUGUGCACCUGCGUUUUGUUCAUGAUGUAUUUAUUUAAUUCACUCACACCCAUGAGAGCUAUUUGAUUUUUGUGUGUAAGAGACUGUUGAGCAGUUCUCAAUCUGAACUUUGACCAGCUGGAAUAGGCUUAUAGCGUGAAAAGUUUGCGAUUGUUGUGGCAGAAUAUUCAUGGCCCGGUUACUCCUCCCCUUCUAUGUGUGACGCACAGAGGCAUUAUGGUGGGUAAAGAUGUUCUGCGUCUCAUCCCUUCUCUCAGAGGUGGUAGUAGAGGCAGAAUGGAGGGAAGAUCGUAGCAAUGUGUAGUGUUGUAGCCAGUGCAAUGAAAUAGUGCUGUGUGUAUCAUGUUUGAUAUGUGUUUACAAUCUGCGCCUCUCACUCACACAGCCUUGUGAGAUCACACAUUGGGACACAAAUAUUACUCCGUUUAAAGUGCAGUGUGUAAGAAUUAAAAGGCCUGAUGAUGGCAGGACUUGUUCUAGCAAUGUUUCAGAAAAGCAAUGUGUAAGAAGCUUGAGUUGUAUCUUUUGGAACCUGCAGAAACAUGUUAUUCUGGCACGGGCACAUUUGGUUCAGAUGUUGGUCUUUAAGGAACUUUUUGUUACGACACCCUGAAUUUUUUUGUCAUGAAUUGAAUUCCAGCUUUCUACUUUUCUAAGAGGAAAAAGUACACUCCAAAACACAAGUGCAGAAAGAAACAGAACAAGAGUUGUGGAAAGUGUUUUUUCUCGAAUUUGUGUAUUCAGUCGUGAUCAUACAAGCUAAGGAUUGGUUUGGAGAAAUGCAGCAGGGUUUCAGAGGUGUAAGCUUCUCAGGUGGGUUUAAUGGGACUUCUUCUUAUAUGAAUGAAGAUGUAGACCAGUGUUUCCUCUUGUCACCAGCAUUUUAGUCCUGUUUCAUUUAUAACUUUGGAGUUGGUCAAACGUUGCCAGUCAAUAACAAAUCAUCAUAACCAUUUUUCCAUGCUGCAAAAGUAAAAAGAAAAUGCAUUGCACUCGACUUUUGAUGAGCAUUGUGUCAUGAUUGAUUGAAUUGAACUUUUGAAUUGUGAAGUGUACUAUUGUUUUUUUAAUGUUAGUCAUUAUUUUAAAUUUUGAGAGUUCACAAUCAUCCAAGCUGUGCGUCCUAUGUGGUUAUCUGUAAAAGUAAAAGUCUUUGAGAAAAUUAAAUGAAUUGUUCACAUUAUUUUAAGCAAAAGAAAAUGCUUAAAACAUAAAUUUGUGGAUGAAUUUAUAACAACUGAGAAAUGGGGCUCCUUCAAUUAAAUGUACUUGGCCUCAGUGUUGAUGUUCUGCUUUUACAGUUCCUUCUCUGCUGUUAUUAAUUCUACACUCUCAGUUCAGUAAAAAGUCUGAAAAGGAAAAAUAGAUACAGGUUAAUUUCAGCCGUGCAGAGUUUUAUCAGACAUUUGCUCUCUGAAAAAAUAGCAGCAAAUAGUCAAAGUUUGCAGGUUAGAGACAAAGCCUCUAAUACAUUUGAAACCUGCAAAAUCAGUGUAGUUCCAUGUACACGAACUGCUCUCAAACUUGGAAGUGCCUCGUUAUUUUUCACAGUCUUAGAAAACUUCUUCCUGGUCUCUGAAUCCCUUCAAAAGCAAUUAAACCAAAAGCGUUCAUUACAGUUGCUGGGGAGCUGUCUAUAUAUGUCAGCAGCCCACUCUUGUAACAAGUGUACGCUGGAAACACUCCUCAGUAAUAGAAAAUUAUUAAAAACUGACCCCUUUCAUAUUUCAUCUGACAGUGUCUGUUGCAAGUCCCAUGGUUCCGGGUGGCAUUCGAAACAUCCAUGAGAGCAAAGUGUCGGGGCAGAUGGCGAAUGCUGCCAACCACCACUCAGAGAGACACGGCGCUGAGGACUACCUGAACAUUGUACACCGACUGAGUAAUGAGGUAGGACUGAAUGAAGGAUAUGCUGCAGCAAAUCUAUGGUGGAUAUCUUAAAAGGGAAACGUUUUCUUUAUAUGUUUUGGAAGCUCGGUGAUUUAUUGUGCAGAGAAGUUUUCAUUAAAGCUGCGGCUGCAAUUACCACUAUCACUGCUCAAGUAGCAAAUGUAACCUGACAGGGCGAAUUGAGAUACAAAUGACCCAUGUGAAAAACAUGGAUGUCGGGUGCAAUUGGCUGAACACCUCCUAAGUAUAGAAAGAAUUCAGGUUUCAGAUUAAAUAAAAAUGCCAAAGGCUAAAGAAAACCAAAAUAAUUCUCCAGCCAUCACAGAUGGUUAUGUAAUGUUAACGCAUCAGGUACAGAAACCUGUUGAGCCACAUCCAGUGUGUGUGUGGGGCUGAGUCUGUGUGUGUUUCAUUGUUACUAAAGUUAAAACUGUCUGCUGGGGCAUUCUUCUAUUAAUUUUUUAAGUAGCACUGGUCUUAAGGUUGAACCUCAGAUUUGUUCCUUGAAAGGGAGGCAGAGGACAAUGAAAGAUAUUAAACAGUGAGCAAAUAAACAGGCAUUGUAGUGCAAAAGCAUUAAUGUUGGAGUUUCACAAUCUGUCUGCUGAUUGGUCAAGUAGAUUUAUUGAAGAAAAUUUGGCUUCUUUCUAACAGGAGCUUUACCGUGACGGUUUAAAAAAACAUUGACUCAUUUGGUUCUGAUGAUUUUCCUGCAUGUAAAGAGUUGCUCUGUAGCUCAUGUGUGUUAUUCUGUGUAAUCCAGGAGGGUGACUCCGCCAUGAGGAAUCCUUCUUUCCCUCUGAGGUCUCCACAGUCUGGUUGCUCCCCAGCUGGAAGUGAAGGAACGCCUAAACGUAAGGAUACUAAGAACACAGGAUGGAUUCCUGUGCAUACACUUUGAUUUUCAUUUACCUAAAUGUUGCUUGCGGCUCAUCAGUAUUCACGGUUUGAAUCUCAAAACAACAGAACAGUUUGAGGCUAUGAUUGCUGAAAAGUAAUGAAAAGCCGUAACGAUUUCUUUCCAUGUCUCAGUUGCCGUCUGUUUAAAGAAAUAAGUCCGUCAGCUGUCAUCGUGUCAUCUGUCUUCAUACACAGUCUCAAAGGAUAACAAUCUUCUCUGUUUGGUGUCGCUUCCUCGCAGCCGGUUCUCGUCCUCCGCUGAUACUGCAGUCGCCGCCUCCUUAUGCGCCUUCGUCAAGGGAGGGAGGACCUGACCAGAAACAGCAGCUCCAGCAAAGGAAGAAAACUCCGGCGGUGAAAGAGGAGAAAGAUAUGUACGACAUUGUAAGCUCUCCAAACAAGGACUCGACAAAACUCACCCUCAAGUUGUCGAGGGUCAAAUCAAAUGAGUCCGACACCCCAGGUUGGUGAAGAUUUUUUAAUAAGCUCACUUCACUUCGAUUCUUAUUACUUCAUGUUGUGUCUUAUCCUGUAUUAUUCCCCCUAAUCUGUAUUAUUCCCCUCACUCAAAAAGAAAACAUGAGUUCUUGUUCAGUUCUAGUCUGGCGUUGCAAGCAUUUCUUUCUUUCUCCGGUGAGGCCUUAGCAACUGUCGCACAUUAAAGUGCCUCUGGACCUACAACCAGUCAUAUUAACACUGAUGUGAUGGGCAUGUAGCAACAGAGGAUAUAAACAGAUGGUUGCAUUUGAGAGGAAAACCUUUUUACUUUGGGAUGCUGUAAGUGCAGUUGUUUUUGAAUGAAAGAUGAUCAUUCCUGAUCGUGGAUUUGAUGCACUAUUCAGUGGUGGGAGCUGCCAUCUCAGCUGUUAAAGAGGGGGUAUUAUACAUUUUUUUAGACUCCAUACUUCCUCUCUGAUACAUCUCUAAUAACUUUACAUGAUUUUUAGAUCAAAAGAAGCCUCGUGUUGCUCACUCUGGUGUAUUAAAACCUCAUUAUUUCAGCCUCUGCCUGAAACACUUAGUUUUAGCUGCUGUCUCUUUAAGGUCCUCCCUCCACAAACCUACUUUCCUCUGAUUGGCCACCUCUCCAGAGGCUUUCCGCAGGCUGGCCAAAAGCAGAGCUCAAUGUGUUGGCCCCGCCCCCUCUAUUGUGGUCAGUAUGUAGAGCAGCUAAUGCUCCGCUAUGGGUGUCACCACACAUGCUGUUGGAGGCAGGCCAAACUGCUCUGCAGAAGCACAGAUGAAUUAGUAAACAGAGAGUAUUGCAAUGACGCAAUAACUCGAGUGAGUCUCGUGUUUUCUCACUAGGUGCUGUUUUGAGCAGUUUACAUCUAAUUUCUGAGGUUAUGAUAAAAUACGUUUCCCUCGUGAUUUGAAACUUUGGAUACAUCUAGUAUGGACACCAAACUUUGUAACUUUGCGUUUAAGCAGCACUCCUGUGUUUUCGUGUGGUAGAACCCGCCCUGUUUGAACAGGAAGGACUCUGAUUGGUCUGGUAUAUGUGACUCUGGGGGAACCAUUGAGAAUGACAGAGCCUCCUGUCAGCUGAAAUAACAAUGAGUUUGCUGAUGGGUCUGGUGACGCCAGGCUAGUUCAGAACAUGUGAGGUACUGAAACACUCGAUCCUUGUUAACAGAACCUCGUAAAUGAGAUUUUUUGCUAAUUCGACAGGUGAGGUUGUGCCAGGCAUGGACCAGAAUUCUGACAACAUGGAGGCAGAACUGGGCUUUCAGCAGGUGCCUGUUCUCCAGCAAAAUCUUGGAGUGCGGUUGCAACAGCAGCAGCUCUCCCAGCAAGCAGGUGGUGCCAGUGGUCUCCAGCCUCCCAGUUCCCCUUACGAUGAGGCAGAACUGGAUGCUCUUGCUGAAAUCGAAAGGAUAGAACGAGAGACGGCUAGCGAAAAGUGCUCCAAGGAGGUUCAAGAUAAAGGUGUGUAGAUUUGAUAAAUGUUACCAUGGUGUUAGACGUCUAACAAUCAGUUGACCUGGUUGAUUCAUGGGUAUAUUUUUAUGUUGCUUUGUCUCUCUGUUUUCAGAUAAGCCUCUGAAGAAGAGGAAACAAGACUCUUUUCCCCUGGAGCCAGGUGCAGGGGGACCAGGUGGCCCCACAGGAGCCCCGGGCAGUGGAUCAACAGGAGGGGGCAAUGCUGGCAAACUGACCCCGCAAGAGGCCACUGCAGCUGGGAAUGGUGCAAGUCGCCCUCCCCUUAUGGUGAGCAUCGACCUCCAGCAGGCAGGCCGAGCUGAUGGCCAGCUCGACCCCUGUCUGGCUGCCCCUAUCCCUGCCCUUGAGGCCCAACGCUGGCCUGAAGAACCAGCUAGUGGGCCAGCUGCAGUGGAAGGUUCUGACACUGCUUUGCGGUUAAAACCAGACGGCCGGCCGGAUGUAAUUAAAAACAGGGUUGAUAAACAUGACAGCAGGAGAGAGGGUCGUGAGUCAUCGAAGCAUCGGCACGAUGAAAAGUCCUCAGAGAGACGGGGAGACCUGCCAAAGUCGUCGAAUCGAGCGGAACAUGGACGAGACAGGGACAGAGAUUCUGAUAGAGAUAGGAGGCAUCGGAGUGAGACUGGUGGCCGAGACAGACGCUCACCUGACUCUCGCUGUCGGAGUGAUCGAGAUAGGUCUGGCUUCCAGUCCUCAUCUGGUGGAGAGCCUAGUCGGAGUGGCAGUAGGCAAGAUGGUUCCAAACCAGCCUCAUCUGCUUCUGGUGCUAAACUUCCAGAUUCUUUCCCCGCUCAUCUCCUGGGAGGCCAUAGCGGGGCACUGAAGAACUUCCAGAUCCCUAAGGUGAUCUGGACCGACCCAAAACAAAUAUCUACCCACCUACCAAUCAUUCAACUGUCACUGCCUGCAAUCUCACAAUAUCAAAUCACACCACUGCUCACUCUGUUUUUUUUGUUUGUUGGGUUUUUUUUGUCUUCGGUUUUUCAUUUGUAAGCCUUUUGUUUAUUCCUGGGACGGGUCUCAAAAUUCUUUUAACACAUAAACUAACUCCUAACCUUCUUUGGAAAAGAAAAAGAAAUGGUUUUGAUUUAAAUUUUGUGGUCCUGUGUAAACAAAAGCAAGUACUCCAAAGAAAUACUCCACUGAAUUUACAAAGAUGAUAAAUCGGCUCACACUGUCUCACUGGACUGAGGGAUUUUCCUUGAAAAGUCAAGCCUGCAUUUGGUUUAUCCUACCUAACAAUAUUACCUGUCAUUGCAGUGCAUAGUGAUGCAACCUCCAACCACAUGCCACAGUGCAGUUAUGGUUAAGUGCAGUUAUGUAUGCUUGAAGUUUACAGUGCUAAUAUGGUAACAUGAGCGGCUGCCUUUCAUGCAGCUACUGUGUGUUAUCCAGACUCAGAAGCAAAGCGAAUCAGUUAACGCUGCUAGUACUUUCUAUGUUGAAAUCAGCAUUAGUCGUUAAUCAUUACACUGUGCUCGCACUGACAUCCACAGAAAGCAUUAGUUAAAGUCUUGGCAGGAUCAGCUGAGCACUGAGUGAUGGAAGGCACUGAUCAGCUUGUAGGAGACAGAGCGAUUCUUACUGUCUGUUUUUAAUGAGAGCACAUUAACUUUCUCUUUUGUGAGGCUAUGUAAUGUUUUGAUGUACCUCUAAUCUAUAGUUUGUUUAAUAGUUAUAUGAGGAAUGUAAGGAAUUGACUUAAGAGGUAUGACUUGUCUUGGCUGGUUUUGAGACCAUUGAAUUUUAUUCUGAUCAAAGGUGUUCAAACUUAAGUCUAAAAACACACAAAGUGGAAAUGGUUUGCUGAGAUCAGAGACUGAGAAGUCUACUAUAAUGAAUUAAAUUGUCAGUGUGCUGUUUAAAUAACAGGUUUCCCCUAGUGCGAUGUACAUAUCACUCUAUUUUUUAAGACUUUGGAUAGCUUAUUAGUUGUCACAAGUGAAGAUUUGAAACACUAACUUGACAUCACUCUCAUGGCUGACUGUCCCUUGUGGUUGGGGGUGUAUCCAGUGUUUACAGUGUAUCAUAAAUCAAAGUAUACAAGAAUGAGUAACAGAGAGAAUUUUUGAAAACAGUGGAGCAUUUCUCGAAGUUGUGGUUAUCAUAACUAUACCACAAACUAACAAUCAAAAUCUCAUGUUAACCAGUUUGGUCCAUUUACAUUUUAUUAUCUAACUAGUUUUUUUUUCUUUUCUGUAGAGAAAGCUCAUGUUUUUCCUGUUAAAAACUCUUUAGUGUGAUUUAUUUUGAAAUUUGAACAUCCAACUUAAAUGAUUUGGCUUUCCUGACUCCUUUUGUAUCCUCUUCUUCUUUUUUCUUUUUUUAGAUCAAACGCGAUAAAGAAGGCAGCGGAUCAGCUGAAAGUCCAAUGUGGGGCCAACCCAAGGUUAAACUAGAGAGGCUGGGUUUGGUACAAGACUUUGAGAAGAGGCCCAAGCCUGUAGUGCUCGUGAAAAAGCUCUCUGUUGACCAGAUCCAGAGGAUCAUCCGACACAGCAAGUCUGGAAAGAACAGACUCUCAUCAGGAAAGUCGGGAAAAAGUAAGUUAAAGAAGCACUAGAACUGCAAGCAGUUCCGCAUUUAUUUUUUGUCAUGGAUUCUUUAAAAUCUGCUUUUCAUGCACUUGAAGGAAAAAAAAAACUGUUUUAGAAAUAUUUGAAUAACACUGUCAAAUUUUCAGGUGGCAUGGACCCUGCAGUUUUGAAAGAGCUGCCGCCUGAGCUGCUGGCAGAGAUUGAGUCGACCAUGCCGCUGUGUGAGCGGGUAAAGAUGAACAAGAGAAAACGAAGCACUGUAAAUGAGAAACCCAAAUAUGCAGAGGUCAGCUCAGAUGACGACUAUGACGCAAAUGGAGAGUGUAAGUUUAAGAAGUUGUUUUUGUUAUUGACUUUUUCACUUGACCAAAAAAAUACCUGCUCAAAAUUUGUUGGAACUAUUGACACAAGAGGUUAGCAUGCAAGGCCGGUGUGGUUUGUGAACAUCCUCGCACAGAAAUCUGGAAAAUUUUCGGAGUUUGCAUUCAAAUUGUUAUGGUGUAACAGUUUGAUUUAAGAAUUGAGGGCUUAAGUUCUUAAUGUCUUAAAUCCACAGCUGCGAAGAAGCGGCAGCGACGUGACAAAGAUCGGGCCUGGGACUAUGAAGAGAGGGAGCGCCGUGGUUCAGGAGAACAUCGGAAAAGUGGGCAACGGGAAAGCCGACGAGGCUCAGGGAGCCGCUACAGAGACUCCUCAGAAGAAGAUUCGCCACCACCGAGCAUGAGUGAAGGUCUGUAUUUGAGGGCAUGUGGCAGAGGCUUGGAAGCAUGGAAGAUAAAAAGCUCUGAAUACAAUGAGCUGUUCGGUCAAAGAUUUGGUUUUUUUCUCAAUCAGUUGCAAGAAGAAUGAAGAUGAAGGAGAAGCAGAAGAAACGAAAAGCAUAUGAGCCUAAGCUGACCCAAGAGGAGCUGAUGGACUCAUCUACGUUCAAGAGGUUCUUAGCGAGCAUUGACAACAUACUGGAGAAUCUGGAGGAUGUGGAUUUUACGACCAUGGGUACAUACAUCUGCUUACUGGCUGUUUAAAUGUUGCUGUGGUUAAAUACUCAAACCUAAAUACAGUAAUGUUUGGCGUUUAAUCUGAAAUUCUUUGUCACGUUGUGUUUUUUCCACCAGCUGACGACGAUGAGAUACCUCAGGAACUUCUGCUCGGUAAACACCAGUUGAAUGAGCUGGGCAGCGAAUCCGCCAAGAUUAAGGCCAUGGGAAUUUCCAGCAGGGUACUUUCACGCAGAAUAAUUCUGUUAACAUUUAAGUUUGACUUUUGUCAACACUGCUGGUUUUAAUGAUUAUCUCUUCUCUGUUUAGAUCCCAUCAGACAAGCUGGUGAAGCUACUCAAUAUACUGGAAAAGAAUAUCCAGGAUGGGUCCAAGCUCUCUACCUUAAUGAACCAUGUAAGCUCCUUUCUUUCCUCACUCAUUCACUCACUCUUGAUUUAAACUCGGGUGUCUUCUGUGAGCUCCUACAAGAAAACCAGAAACUUUCCAUGCUCCAAAAUAAAUGACCUAUCAGAAUAUGUGGAAAAAUGAAUUGGCGAAAUGCUUCAAAUUAUGCCUUUGUGUGAAUAAAUUGGAGUCCUCAGCCUUUAAGCAGAGGAGUGUUUCAGUAAAAUUUGUCUUCUUUAACCCUCAGGACCAUGACGCCGAAGAUGAAGAGAAGCUGUGGCGAGACCUGAUAAUGGAGAGAGUCACAAAGUCAGCUGAUGCCUGUCUAACGGCUCUCAACAUCAUGACCUCAGCACACAUGCCCAAGGCUGUCUACAUAGAGGACGUCAUCGAGCGAGUGCUGCAAUACACCAAGUUCCAUCUUCAGAACACACUGUAUCCACAAUACGACCCAGUAUACAGAGUGGACCCACAUGGAGGUGAGGAUAAAGAAACGCUUUAUAUUCCUGGAUUGUUUGAGUUUCAUAAGAGCCUGGGCGCUGUGAUGGCGGGUUAUGAGUGGAGCUGACUGAGAGAGAAUCUUCCUUACUAUUGAAUUUCCCUUUGGUGAUCAAUAAAGUUCUUUGUAUCUUAUCUUAUUGUAGUGAAUAUGAGGAAAGUUUUAUGCGACUGAUUCCUGGGGAUCAUCUUUAAGUUGAUUUCAUAGAUUCUUUCUGCAUCAAAGUAAAUGAAAUAUCCACAAAUGGUCUGGGCUGAAGCAGAAAGCUGCAGCUGCAUAAACUAAUUUUGACAGUCAGCAGUGCUUUUUACACUGAAGAGAGAGAGAGAUCAAUUUGUAAAGCUAUUGUGAAGAAUGUCAGAAUAUAUAAUAAUAAUCUGCUCUGUAAUGAUUUACAACAGAGUCUCUGCCAGUAAAAUAACAAGUGUCUUCUCUAUUCACUCAUGAAUGGAAAAUAUUUGUUGUCUUGUAAAAUGAUGGCUGCUGAUCAAAAGCUCAAGUGAUCAGGUGUAACAGUGUUGCUCUUUUCCACCCAGGUGGCCUGUUGAGCUCCAAGGCAAAGCGCGCAAAGUGUUCUACGCACAAGCAGCGCGUCAUUGUCAUGUUGUACAACAAAGUGUGCGACAUCGUCAGCAACAUCUCUGAGCUCCUGGAGAUCCAGCUGCUGACGGACACCACCAUCCUCCAGGUAAAAUCUAAAAGGAACUUCCAGAGAGCAGCAGAAUGCAGUUGUCAGUUCAUCGAGUCCAAAUUCAGACCACCUUUCAUGCUGGCCUGUCUUCUUUCCAGGUUUCGUCGAUGGGGAUCACGCCGUUCUUUGUCGAGAAUGUCAGUGAGCUGCAGCUGUGUGCCAUUAAACUCGUAACAGCUGUAAGUUUUUGAUUCUCAUCUCAAAAAAGGAACUGAAAUCCAGUGUCUGUCCAAAGGUACCAACCUGAUGGCCUUUUGUGUUUCCUGUCUACAGGUGUUCUCUCGUUAUGAGAAGCAUAGGCAGCUGAUCUUGGAGGAGAUCUUCACAUCUUUGGCCAGACUUCCCACCAGCAAACGCUCCCUCAGGAAUUUUAGGUAACCUACUCCUAAACUUAAGAUGGUUCAGGUAGAAGGAAUGAAUUUUCCUUGAUUAUGGUUCGGUUAUCAAUGUAGCGUAAUCAAACUUAAGACAAAGGAGAAAAUUUCCCAGCAUAAUAGUGUACUUCUUUACACUGCAUCCUCCUCACCCUUUGUGUCUUUAGACUGAACAGCUCAGACCAGGAUGGAGAGCCAAUGUACAUCCAAAUGGUUACGGCUCUGGUGCUGCAGUUGAUCCAGUGUGUGGUCCAUCUCCCUAACGACAAAGACACUUUCGAAGAGUGUGACAAGGUAGGAGAGUACCUGACAGAACUCCAGCAUGUCGGCAAGUGUAUAAACAAUGCUUUUUUUUUCAACAUAGACAUAUAAUUUGCUCAAUAGCAACCUUUCCCCCCUUUUUUUUUUCAAGGUGGACCAAGAUGUGUUGAUAACCAACUCAUACGAGACGGCCAUGAGAACGGCCCAAAACUUCCUCUCUGUCUUCCUCAAAAAGUAAGAACUUUUCCUCUCUGUGUCGCCUCGACUCUGAUUCCUUUAAGACAUUUGGUUCCAAUCAUUUAGAACUAAAUCUCUGAAAACAAAAGCAGAUUUCAUGUGUAGAUUGAUUACAACUGAUCCAUGUAAAGGUGACUUAAAUAAUUCUGGUUUUGGAAAAGCAGCAGGACAGAAUUUAAGCUUUGCACAGUUAUGUUCUGAAAACUUUGGCUGUCACUUUAAGUAUUGAUUAACAUGCAUACUAAACUGAAAUAACAACUUGAAUUUUUUAAGAGCAUCCUUUAGAGUGAGCAAAUCUACCUGUAACUCUAAUUAGGGAUGUCACGAUACGAUAUUGAUAAUGGAAAUUGGUCUGAUAUCAGCAAAAAAAACAAAUCAGAUUAUAUCGGCCUGCAUCGAUAUCUCUGAUAUCAGCACUCCGAUACAAGCAGUCCAUUCCAGACUUCACUCCGGGGAAGUGAUAUUUGUGCCAAUAUCGAAUCAAUAUCAGUAUCGGUCAGUAUUGAAGGCUACAAUAUCGGUAUCGUAUCAGAAGUCAAAGAGUUGUAUUGGGACAUCCUUAACUCAAGUGGUUGGUGGUGCAGAGAGUGGUGAUGUCCAAAACAAAAAGUUUAUAUUUGAAACCUCCUUACUCAACAAAAUCCAUGAACAACCCCUUGAGGAGAAGUCAGACUCUGUGGAACAGCCCAUGAGGAAUGUGGAUGUUAAGUCAAGCACCAUGAUGUUUUAGUCUCAGCCAUUGAAAGUCAAAAAGUUGUAUCAGGACUCCUCUAACUCUAAUCAUCCUCCUGAUUUUGUCUUUUGUUUUAACAUUGCUUUAAGCCUCAGAGUCAAACAGCAGCUGAGAUCGAUUCGUUUAGCCUUUAUUUCCAGGUUGAAUGAUAAUGUAACUAUCACUUACUUUCCCCCACUACCCUUCCCCCUCCUUUGCUCCUGUCCUCCUUCUCUUUUCUCCUCCUCAGGUGUGGCAGUAAGCAGGGAGAGGAGGAUUACCGGCCACUGUUUGAGAACUUUGUCCAGGACCUGCUCUCGACAGUAAACAAACCAGAAUGGCCGGCUGCAGAGCUGCUGCUCAGUCUGCUUGGUAGACUGCUGGUUAGUAUGAUGGAGCCUCUUUCUUUCUUUACAGUGGAGACGGAGCUAUUUGUGCUCAAGUGUUUCCAAGAAUAGAUGAUCAGGAAAAAUAGCAGGCGACAGCUUUCCUUGGAAAAAGGAAACUACUUUAACACCGGGGUAUGUAACUAAGAACCUGCACCUUAUCAUUUAGAGUUGAAUCCACAGUGAUUGUGGGGUGGCCAUGGCUCAGAGGCGGCUUAAAAAUGGCUUUGGGUGAUACAGUGAACCUCAAAUUGCCUGAGAGCAUAGCAAUCUGUUUGUGAAUGUGUGCAGUAUGGUUAGACCCUUCUGUGCAGGUUGUUACCUUGAAUGACAGCGUCACUCAUGAGUGUAUUAAUAUGUGUGUGUUUGUGUGUGAAAGGGUGAAUGAAAUGUGCAGAAAAUGUCACUGUGUUAGAAGGAUGUCGUCGCUUCUUGCUCGGAGUGAUCAGCUGCAGCUCAACGUUUCUGUCACUCUGUCUUCUUGAACUGUCUCUCACCUUCUUUCCCUCUCUCACUCCCUCCAUCUCUCUCUUGCUUUCUGACUGGUGGUUUAGCAAAGAUAAUCAUUUUACAUUUUCUAAAAGUCUGUUCAAAAACAGAAGGGGGUGCGGGUCCUGCUUUUUUUGUCCACUCUCAACCUUUUAGAGAGACUUCAAGUUUUCUGUGCAUUAGUGUUGCUGCAUCUGUGUGUGUUCCUCGCGCACACUUUGUCCUAACUUUUUAUGUCUCCUUCAGGUUCACCAGUUCAGUAACAAGCAGACAGAGAUGGCUCUGAGAGUAGCGUCUUUGGACUACCUGGGUACAGUGGCUGCUCGUCUGAGGAAGGACGCAGUCAGCAGCAAGAUGGACCAGAGAUCGAUUGAUCGUAUCCUACAACAGGUAGAGCUUGAUCCUCAUAUUUCGUGGCCCCUCUUCCUCUCAAGUAAAAGUUCAUGUUAUUGAAGGGAAAGUUCAAUCUGUCUUGUCUAUUUAACCGUUUAUUUCCGUGGAUUUUUAUUGAACAAAAUUCUCCUCUGUUGAUAAAGUCUCCAGGUACUGAUGAGACCCAGCAGCUGCAGAAAGCUCUGCUGGACUACUUGGAAGAAAAUGCUGAGACAGAUGCUUCACUGGUGGUGAGUUGACAAUAAACGGUCUUUAAUUCGAUCACUUCAGAUGUGAAGAUAUGUGACCUUGUUCCCCUAGUUGUAAGUGAAACCCAGAUACUGUUUGUCAUGAAUUAAUGCCGUUAUCUGAUUUAUUCAAGAACCACUUUAACCCUCUUCUUUAAAACUGUAUGGAACCGUUUACACAGUCUUGUCGUAUCACUGUGUGUGUUUGAUUUUUUAAAUGUUGUUCUGAUAUGAUGAAAUAAUUAAGAAUAAGAAGGACUUCAUUGAUCCUCGAAGGGAAAUCAGUAUAAGUUUAUUGUAUUCGUUGAUUCCAGCCAACGCUUAAACUCUGUUUGUCCUUUAGUUUGCGAAAAAGUUCUACAUCGCCCAGUGGUUCAGGGUUGCCACCACAGAGGCUGAGAAGUCCAUGCGGAACCAAAACUCAAAGGACGACGACUCAUCAGACGGGCCACAACACGCUAAAGAGAUUGAGACCACCGGUGAAAUUAUGCAGCGGGCAGAGAAGCGCAAGAAGUUCCUCCGCAACAUCAUCAAGACAACGCCGGCUCAUUUCGCCACACUGAAGUAAGCAUGUCGACGAGCUGCAGCAGCGGUGCGCUUAAUGUUGACUCGCUGGAUUUGGCCUCACUCUUCCAGAUUGAACUGUCCUGUCUCUGUGUCCAUGUUUGUAACCAUCUCUCAUCAGUGAUAGACUCAACUUGUGUGACAGGAUAACUGAAUGUAAUCCUUGUUUUUUUGCCUUUCUCUGCAGAAUGAACUCUGACACUGUGGACUAUGAGGACUCCUGUUUGAUCGUGCGCUAUUUGGCCUCCAUGAGGCCGUUUGCCCAGAGCUUUGAUAUUUAUUUAACACAGGUAAGAUUAAAAUAUCAUCCUAUUUGAUUUAUCAAGACAACUCAACAGGAUUAGAUUAAAUUAGAUAGGACUUUAUUGAUCCUUUUAAAGGUUUCCUCAGGGAAAUUUUCAGCAUCGGUACGUACAGAAAAAGCAGAAUCUUCUGUCCCCGUGUUACCUCUCCUCCUCCCCAGAGAGGAAUUGUUAAAUCUGAUGACAUGAGAGGCAAAGGAGUUUUUCAGUCUGUUGGUCCUGCACUUGGGAAGGAGCAGUCUGUCACUGAACAGACACCUCUCGUUGAUGAUGAGGAUGUGCAAAGGGUGACUGGCAUCGUCCAUAAUGUCCAUUAGUUUGUCUAUAGUCCUCUUCUCUGCCACCGUUACCAGAGAGUCCGGCUCAUCAGAUCAGUUUUCCUGUCACACAGUAUUGUAAAGGUAAUGUUUGUCUUUGUUUGGUAAAAUCCUCGGUUAAUCAGAGGCUCUUCUGUCUUAUGAUAGAUCCUGCGAGUCCUUGGGGAAAGUGCCAUUGCUGUAAGGACAAAAGCCAUGAAGUGUCUGUCUGAAGUUGUGGCUGUGGACCCCAGCAUACUGGCCAGGGUAUGUUUGGAUCUGAUAACGAGUGAUUCUUUUUCAGCACAUUUCUAUCUUCAUCUUGCCAUACUCUGUGAAUGUUACUGAACUCAUCUGUUCGUGUGUUAUUUUGAUUUAGAUUCAGGUUUUCUAAUACUCUCUCUUUUCCUGCUUAUACUGACACUCUUCUCCACUUCUGCAGUCGGACAUGCAGCGUGGCGUCCACGGUCGUUUGAUGGACAACUCCACAAGUGUGAGAGAGGCAGCUGUAGAGCUGCUGGGCAGAUUUGUGCUCAGCAGACCCCAACUCACUGAGCAGUACUACGACAUGCUUAUAGAGAGGAUACUGGUAAGUGAUUUUAGCAUUUAGCAUUAUUGUGAGCUCUGACCUGUUUUCAAUCAUGUCAUGAAAUGAGGUCAACACAUUUUUACUUAAACAUGCUGGCAUAUAUGAAAACAACUUUUCUCCUACCAUAUGUGUUCAUAGCCUUGACCUUAAAUACUGAAGCCCUAAGUGGACAUGGUUUAUGUCGUUUUUUACCCUCGUUUUCUCGAGAUCACAAGAUAAUUUUCUUGUGAUCUGGAGAAAACAAGGCUUCUUUUUCUCGAAUUAAUAGUUCAAAUUAAUUUUGUGGUGGACUAAAAGCACUGGGCUGUUUACGGUACGUGGUCCAGUGUGUGCGGUGUCUGCCUGUCGCUGCCUGAUCCGUUCCGGAAACCCAAUUUGUGCUGCGCAUGUGCGAAACGUACGUCUUUGUGAUUUGCGACAGCUUUGACACUUGUUAGACAGCUUCAGCAUCAGUGAGCUCGCUUCAGUCAGAAUGGAUGCUUCAGUUUAUCACCACCAGAAAGUCAAGAGAAUGGCGCCCAGUUUCACGAUUAAAGGUUCUUAUUCUGAGCUUAAUUGUAAAAUUGCAACAUAGUUAUAAAAGGUUUGAAUGAAUGUGAAUAUUUCAUUGUUGAAUUUGAAACGCUGUAUAUAAACGCUGAAAUUCACUGUCCAAAAUGUGCAUAUUUCUUGUUAAUUAUUUUAUUUAUUUAAUCCCCCCCUUGAUACUUUGAAAAUUCAGAGAACGAUGAUUUUGAUCAGGUUGUGGCGCUCUCUGUGGCCCAAAAGAUCUCAGCGUGCUGGGCAGAAGCUCUGGCAGAUGCCUAGUCCAUCGCAAAAUUAAUUCGUAAUCUCGAGGAAACGGGUAAAAAAAAAAAAUAAUAAACCAUGUCCACCUAGGGCUUCUGUACUUAAAGCCCUUUCACCUCCGGCACAAAACUGGUGUGUAAAUGCAUCAGCUGUUGAAUACACCUGUACGACACACUUACUAAUAUAAUGACCAGAGCUGUUUCUUCUAAUGAGACAUGAAUAUUUAUCUUGGGCCACUCUGUGAGAAAAACUCAGUCAUUUGGGGAAAUUCGCCUGUACAUGCUUGAAAUAAUCAAAUGCGGUACCAGUUCACAGAUGUAGAUGUUAACUGGUCAGAUGUGGCACAUGCGUCAUUGUGAUGGCUGUGAGUUUAUAUGCUGUUGAUAUUAGAGAGGAGUCAAACACACACAUGCUUUGGACUCUGUCUUUGUACUGAGCCACUCAAAAGUGAACACAUUGAAAUUGUUGUGCCUGUUGUCAUGGAAAUGUUCAGGAGGGUUCAUGAGGAGUUCACUCUUGAUCACUGUGUUAUGCUGCCACCUAUCGUCAGAACAAGAUUACUGCACCCAAGGCAGACGCUCCUUCAUUUGUAAAUGUAAACAAGAGUGCUGUUUUUAAUGCAAGACGGUCACAAAAGGUAAAUGAUUUGAAUUUCUGUGUACAGGACACAGGUAUCAGUGUAAGAAAACGGGUUAUCAAGAUCCUCAGAGACAUCUGUCUGGAGCAGCCGACUUUCAGUAAGAUCACCGAGAUGUGCGUGAGGAUGAUCCGCAGGGUCAAUGAUGAGGAAGGCAUCAAGGUAUGAACCAACUGCUGUUUUUCAUGCAUUUGUGUCUUUUCACAAUAUGACUUUAUUUAUGGUACUGCAUUGAUCUCGUUUUACCUUUGGGCAUCAACUAAGUUCUCGUAUUGUAUUGCAUUGUAUUGUAUUUACCAUUGAUGAUCAUGCGUCUAACACAGAUACCUCUCUCUUGCAAACAUUUAUGACAAACCAGAAUACAAAAGUUAUGUUUAUGUUUUUUUUUAUAAUCGAGUUAAUCAAAAAAGAAACUUGUUCUGUUGCAGAAAUUAGUCAAUGAGACAUUCCAGAAGUUGUGGUUUACUCCGACUCCAGCCCACGACAAAGAGACCAUGACCAGAAAGAUCCUCAACAUCACUGAUGUGGUAAGUCUAUCUCAGCAAUUUUUUUUUUAAUGGUAGAAAUCAAAGUCUCCAUCGCUGUCAAACAUAUUUUCUAUCUUGACUUAUGGUGCAGCAUUGGUUCUGAUGUGCUUUUAAUCUUCAUGUUUUUGUUCUCCAGGUUGCAGCAUGUCGAGACACCAGCUAUGACUGGUUUGAGCAGCUUCUUCAAAAUGUGAGUGUCAGAUUUUGUGUGAAGCUUUACCUGAUGGAGAUGAACUCUGUGCGCGAGACACUUUGAAAACAAGUACGUCUCUCUUUCCAGCUUCUGAAGUCUGAAGAGGAUGCAUCAUAUAAGCCAGCCAAGAAGGCCUGUGUUCAGCUGGUGGACAACCUGGUCGAGCACAUCCUCAAAUACGAAGAGUCUCUUGCAGGUACGAAAGGCAGCUGACUUUCUCUCUUACUAUGCUGUGUAACUGAACUCACUAAAUCAGUCUGUUUUCAUUCAAUAAAGCAUUUGGAGUUAUUUUCAUUCACUCUUGUUCUAACGUUUAUUAUAUCUCAUCCUUACAGAGAACAAGGGUGUAAACUCAACACGGCUAGUGGCCUGUAUCACCACCUUGUACUUAUUCAGCAAGAUCAGAGCUCAGCUCAUGGUCAAACACGCCAUGACCAUGCAACCCUACCUUACCACAAAGUGCAACGUAAGUUUAUGCUGAUUGUUUUUGCAUGGAUAAUCUGUUGAGCAGUGAAAACACAGUUUCACUGGUGGAUACAUCAUUUAUUAAGAUUUUAAAAUUACAGAUACAAUUUCCUGUUAAUUACAAUGACGUUGUUUUUCAGACUGCCAAUGACUUCAUGGUCAUCUGUAACGUGGCAAAGAUCUUGGAACUGGUGGUACCUUUGAUGGAGCACCCAAGUGAAACCUUCCUAGCCACCAUCGAAGAAGACCUCAUGAAGCUCAUCAUCAAAUAUGGCAUGAUGGUGGGUGGUGUUAAUUGUUUUUUUUUUCAAAUGUUAACAAUCUGCUUUGAAAUGAUAAAUGUAUAAUAUGUGAUUGUAUAAAAGUUACAUUACAAAUUUAUUUCUUGUCUUUAGGUGGUCCAGAACUGUGUGAGCUGUCUUGGAGCUGUUGUAAACAAGGUCACGCAUAACUACAAGUUUGUCUGGAAUUGCUUCAACAGAUUCUUUGGUGAGAUACUAAGUUAGCAACUUUGAACGAGCACAGAUUUAGCUUUUUUUCUAUGUCUAUUUUACCAAAUACCAGAAGCAGGAAGAAAGUUUGUGUGAAAAACUUUUCUGAUGGAUGUGUGGGUAUUAAAAGAAGCUGUUUAUUCACUUGUGCGUGGAAGAAAACAAAACAAAAGAACACACAAAAACUGGGACACAGCAAUAGUCUUGACCUAUUUAGAAAUAACGGAAUCUUCUGUCGUCUUUCCAGGUGCCCUCAACAAGCUGAAGGUUCAGCAUCAAGAGGAUCCCAACAGCACAACAUUGGUAGCAAACAAGCCUUUUCUGCUGAGAUCGCUCUUCACUGUGGGUGCGCUGGCGAGACACUUUGACUUUGAUCUGGAGGAAUUUAAGGGUACUACCAAGGUGAGAUUGCUUUUGGUGAAAAUAUUUUAUGUUAUUUAUUCCAUGCUUUAGUCUCAGUAACAUGUUCUUUACUUUAGUCUGUGAUGUGAGACUGCUUUCUGUGCCACUGACAUCAUAAGAUUCUGAGUGUUUGUUAUAUUUACAACUAUUUGUGUGUUGUGUACAGGUUGUAAUCAAGGAAAAAGUUCUUGAGCUGCUGCUCUACUUCACCAAGCAUGAGGACGAAGAGGUCAAGUCGAAAGCCAUCAUCGGCUUAGGUAAGAACACAAAUGGUCACAGUUUAUCCAUUUGAUUUAUUGUCUUAGGCAGUGAGUCUUGGAUGGUACUCUUCUCAGGAACUGAUCCUCAAGAGUCAGAGAUGUGCAGCGAUUAAUAUCAAACAGACUGACUUACAGAGACUGUUCAUUUGUUCUGACAUUUUUGUGUUUGUUAUUUAGGCUUCCUAGUAAUCAUGCAUCCCAGCCAGAUGUUUAUGCCUGAGGUGAAGUCCUUGUACAACGGCAUCCUGGCCGACAGCUCCUCCUCCAUUAACCUCAAAAUCCAUAUCCUCAAGAACCUCCAGACGUACCUUCAAGAGGAGGACACGCGGAUGCAGGAAGCAGACAGAGAAUGUAAGAAAGGCUGUGAUUUUCUCUUGUUUGACAACUUUUUGUUGCAGCACUUCCUGGAUUACUCCUGAUAUCACUGAACUUUGAUCUGUAGGGGUUUGUUGUUUUUAAUAAUCACCGUAAUGAUGUGUCCUUGCAGGGAAAAAACUGUCCAAGCAGGAGGAUCUGAAAGAGAUGGGCGACAUCUCUUCAGGGAUGAGCAGCUCCAUCAUGCAGCUUUAUCUUAAACAGGUGUUGGAGGCGUUCUUCCACACCCAGUCCAGCGUGCGGCACUUUGCUCUCAACGUCAUUGCUCUGACACUCAACCAGGGUCUCAUCCAUCCUGUACAGGUAAGAUGUGAGAUUCAGAACCCACCAAACCAGCUCGUCUCUACGUACUUGACAGAUAACAAUCACAUUUCAGCACAUUAAGUGUGGAAUAUGUGAGAUAGGAUUAAGAUAAACUUUGUAGUUUGCUGUUUGGUUCUUUGAUACACAUUCAGAAUGUUCUCACUAGAAAUAUUCUGUGUAAGCCUGUCCCUGGUGACCUAACCUUUUUUGUCUCUGCCCUUAAGUGUGUACCCUACCUCAUUGCGAUUGGAACAGACCCUGAAGCAAGCAUGAGGAACAAAGCUGACCAGCAGCUGGUGGAGAUUGACAAAAAGUACACAGGAUUCAUCCAUGUGAGUUGGUGGUCAUUAAUGUCACAUCUCAGAGUUGUGGCCAGUGAGGCAACAAGCAUAAUUCAACUAGAUGCAUCCCAGUAAAAUGAUCAUCCAAUUCAGUAGUGUCUGCUUUUCCAGAAUGCAGAAGAAGCCCUCUUUGCUUUGGAACAAGACAGCAAAAAGAGUUUUGGCUCAUUCUCAGGACAGCAGCUGUCUCAACAGUUGUCGGAAAGGCUGAGUUUCUAACACUUUUUCUUCCAACGUAUUCUUUCACAGAUGAAGGCGGUCGCUGGGAUGAAGAUGUCAUACAACUUGCAGCAGGCCAUCGAGUUGUCUCGUAAGACCAUCAUAAGAGGUUUCAGACAGGACGAGACACACUCGGCACUCUGCUCCCACCUGUUCACCAUGAUCAGAGGGAACCGACAGCAUCGGAGGGCUUUCCUCAUCUCGCUGCUGAACCUCUUCGAUGACAGUGCUGUGAGUAAACCGGCACUUGGCUACGCACGUCUUGGCACUGCUUAGUAGAGAGCGCUGUGUUCUCAUUGAUUGUAUGCCAGCUGAGAGACCACUUUGCAUGUGCCAGUGGUGUUUCUUGGCAAAAAUUUAAUAGAAAUGUUUAAAACUGCUCUUCAAACCCACUGAACUUAAAUAGACAGCUCAGUGUACAGCUAAAACAUGUUAGAUCCCAUUAUUUCACUGAAUAACAACACAAGGGUAUUAGUUCCAAUUCUGAUUAGCCAACACUGUGAGUUCCUUCUUCCCAUUUUUAUAUCUGAUUCGUGUUUUUCCCAUCUUUCUUCCCCUCCUGCAGAAGACAGAAGUAAAUAUGCUGCUGUAUUUAGCGGACAACCUUGCCUGUUUCCCGUACCAGAGUCAGGAGGAGCCUCUCUUCAUCAUGCACCACAUAGACAUCACACUGUCUGUCUCAGGCAGCAACUUGUUGCAGACGUUCAAAGAGGUAGGAUUGUAUUUUUGGAAGUAAAUUGUAUGUAAAACGCUCGUUUCAGAUGGGGGUUUCUGAUUUUAAUGGAUUUCUGUUCUCUCUCAUUAAGCUCCUACUAAAGGAGCCGAGGCGAAAGGAAAAGAAAGUAAAGAAAGAAUGGAAAAACACAUCGGAUGGGGAGGAUGAAGAGGAGAAGAUGAACUGCGAUUUAUCCAGAAGUGAUGAAGAAGACAGCGACGAUGAUGUGGUACGGCGGCCGAAGAAAGCUAGAAAACCUGCUGCGAACAGCUCAGAGUCCGAGUCAGAUCUGGAUGAUUUGGACGUGGAGGAUGCGGAAAAAGUCAUGAGGCUCCUCCCAGAUAAUCCCACAGGACUCUUGGACUUUGCUAACGCUGUUCAGGGCAUCCUGUUGCUUCUAGUGCUCAAACAGCAUCUGAAGAACCAGUAUGGAUUCUCUGACAGGUAACAUCCACAUCAUCUUCAUUUCUUUCCAACAUAUAUCCAGAAGGAUUAACCCCAAAUUCUCUUGAUGAAUUCAUCCACGUUGGGUGUACUAUGACCACUGCAGCUCAUACAUUUUUAUCAUUCUACAGCAAAAUUCAGAAGUACUCUCCGACAGAAUCAGCCAAGGUGUACGAUAAGGCAGUGAACAGGAAAAACAAUGUUCACUUCAACCCACGACAAACCAUGGACUACAUCUCCAACAACAUGGCUCAUGCCACAUUGACAAAUGACGUCAAGAGGCGGAUAGUCAGACAGUACCUAGACGUAAGUAAUGAAGCCACAACACACACGAAUUCAACCAAGGCCAGAGUUUAAAAUACACCACAGGCUGACAUUUCAUUGACUUUUAGAUAAACAGUCAUUUCUAAAUGUCUGCACUGAUAGUUGUUUGGACCAAUCAUAAAGCUCUGCUGCUUCUGUCAGCCAGUACCGUCAUUAAUCCACUCGGUGUCAUGCCAGCUUUUACACCAUGGCCUGUACCUUCUGAAGAUAGUGACACAUUUUUUUUUUCUCAAAGUUAAUUUUUGUAUUUUUACUCCUCACAGUUCAAGGUUCUGAUGGAACAUUUGGACCCUGACGAGGAGGAUGAGGAGGGUGAAGCGUCUGCAAUCGCCAAUAUUCGCAACAAAGCCAUAAAUGCCCUAUUGGGAGGCUCCGGACCCAUGUCAGGGCCCAGUCCACGCAAUCAGGCAGGACCAGAGACAGAUGACGACGACAGCGAUGGCGACGAAAGGACCCCAGGGGUGGGAAUCAGAUUCAAAUUACAGUUUUCUUUCAAGGAUUAAACCUGAAGGAAAAUGGUUCAACUUUUUCUCUUCUGUUCUCUCUACAGUCCUCGCGAAGGUCAAGGCGAGCAGGCGACUCCUCCGACCCCGGCCGUAUGAGUGAGACAGUGGAUGCUAUGGAUGUGAUCGCCCUAUGCUGCCCUAAAUACAAGGACAGGCCGCAAAUAGCGCGAGUCAUGCAGAGGACCACCAGUGGAUAUAGCAUCCAUUGGAUGGCCGGCUCUUACUCGGGACCCUGGGCAGAGGCUAAGAAACGUGAUGGCCGCAAACUGGUGCCUUGGGUGGACACUAUUAAGGAGUCGGACAUCAUUUACAAGAAGAUUGCCUUGACCAGCAACCACAAACUGAGCAACAAAGUAGUACAGACUUUACGCUCACUGUAUGCAGCGCGGGAAGGAGGGGCUAGCUAAUGGCUCCUGUGUGAUGUUUUUUUUUUUUUUUUUUUCUUUUCUCUCCUUUCUUUUUUCAGCCCCCUGCUCCAUUUCUAUUUUAUCAAGUCCUCUUCCUUGCUCCUACUCCUCCUCUUCAACCUGCCACCUCCAACGACACAGCCAAACUUCACUGGAUUCCUACCCUCCCCUCUCCUUCCCCAAUUUUGUAAGAAAACACAAGAGAGCAAGAAUAUUUGACACUACAUACUUUUACAUGAGUUAUUCUUGCAAAAAUGAAAAAGACACAAAACAUAAGACUUAUAUUAUAGAGGGACUGCUCAUGUUUUGUUUGUGUUCAAGUUCAGAGGAUAGAAUCCAGAAGGCAUUAAAGGAAUAAUUCACUCAAAUUAUCCCUUAAAAGGCUAUCAGAACAGAGACCUGGAGGGAAAUGUUUCGUCAACAUUGUUGUGGGAGCUCCUUCGCUGUUGUGCAGCAGAUUCUAGUCACUCAUUUCUACUCCCACUGUACCAUAGUUUAACAAGACAAAACUAAAAUGUUUAUAUCUCUGAAGAAAAAAAGCUGUAAAAAAAGAAUAAAACCUUAAGUGAAUGUUGGAAAUUAGUCUUUUUGAUGUUCUUAUUAAAGUGUUUUUGGAGUUUAUUAUACUACUAGCACCCUGAUGGUUUUUCCUUUUAGCUUUUAGAUAUUUGAAGGAAAAUGAAAAAGGAAAAAAAAAAGAAUUUUUAUUUUUGUUCACUUUUAUUUGUCCAUGCUGUACAAUGGCAGAGUCCUCUGAAUAUAAUUUAUUCUAUUUCGAACUACGCAUGCAGUAUAUGUGGCCUAUUGCAGGAGGAUAUUUUGUAAAUGUAGAUUUUGUUGUAUUAGGUCACCCUAGUAAUAAGAGGGAAGGGGAUUCUCACCCUUUCAGUGGAACAAAUACUGCAAUAAAUUUUCUACUUCUCUUUGUCA